CUCACGGGCGGCGCCGGGGGUGCCCGUGAGGCGGCCGGGCCGUGGCCGGAGCCCGCCUCCUGCCGCCUCCGGGGCGGGCCGGGCCGGCCGGCGGCGCGGCGGAACUCGAGCGGGCGAGCGGGUGGAGCGGGCCGCCGCGAUGUGGUCGUCGCUCGGCAGCGUCGCGGAGCCGGCUAGUCCCAGGGCAGCCAGGGGCCGCUUCUGGGCUGUGGCGCUGGGAACAGCGGCAGGGCUCUUCCUCCUCGGGUUCCUCAUCGGUUGGUUUGCAAAACCUGCAGAAAAGACGACAUCGAGUCCUCAUGAGGACAUGAAGGCGGCAUUUAUGGCUGAAAUGAAAGCUGAAAACAUCAAGCAGUUUCUUUACAAUUUUACACGGCUUCCUCACCUAGCAGGAAGCAAGGAGAAUUUGCAUCUGGCACAGCAAGUCCAAGCUGAGUGGAAGGAGUUUGGUUUGGAUUCUGUUCAGUUGGUUCAUUAUGAUGUCUUGCUCUCUUACCCUGAUGACACUAAGCCCAACUACAUCUCAGUAAUUGACGAGCAUGGAAGCGAGAUUUUCAACACAUCAUUAUCUGAGCCCCCUCCUCCAGGCUAUGAGGCUGUUAGAGAUGUGGUACCACCCUACAGUGCAUAUUCAGCCCAAGGAACGCCUGAGGGUGAAUUAGUGUAUGUGAAUUAUGGCCGCACCGAGGACUUCUUUAAGCUAGAACGUGAAAUGGGAAUUAACUGUACAGGCAAGAUUGUUAUUGCCAGAUAUGGGAAGAUCUUCAGAGGAAAUAAGGUGAAGAAUGCUGAAUUGGCAGGUGCCAAGGGUCUUAUUCUGUUCUCUGACCCUGCUGACUACUGCGCCCCGGGAACAGAUCCCUAUCCAAAUGGCUGGAACCUUCCAGGUGGAGGAGCCCAGCGUGGAAAUGUGUUAAACCUGAAUGGGGCAGGGGAUCCUCUCACACCAGGUUAUCCUGCAAAAGAAUAUACCUACCGAUUAGACAAAGCCAGUGGUGUAGGUCUCCCAAAAAUUCCAGUUCAUCCCAUUGGCUAUCAUGAUGCCGAGUCAUUGCUGCGUAAUAUGGGAGGAUAUGCACCGCCACAUAGUAGCUGGAAAGGAAAUUUGAAUGUGUCUUACAAUGUUGGUCCUGGUUUCACAACAAAUUAUUCUACGAGAAAGGUGAAAAUGCACAUUCAUAGCCACAAUGAAGUAAGAAGGAUUUUCAAUGUGAUCGGUACCAUCAGAGGCACCGUGGAACCAGACAGAUACGUCAUCCUGGGAGGCCACCGUGACUCAUGGGUAUUUGGUGGCAUUGAUCCUCAGAGUGGGGCAGCUGUGGUUCACGAGAUUGUGAGGAGCUUCGGAAAACUGAAAAGGAAAGGAUGGAGGCCAAGGAGAACAGUGAUAUUUGCAAGCUGGGAUGCAGAGGAAUUUGGCUUGUUAGGAUCAACAGAGUGGGCUGAGGAAAAUGCCAAAGUAUUGCAAUCACGGGGAGUGGCUUAUAUCAAUGCAGAUUCCUCCAUCGAAGGAAACUACACACUACGAGUGGACUGCACACCACUGAUGUACAGACUGGUAUACAGUCUGACUAAAGAGAUACCAAGUCCUGAUGAGGGGUUUGAAGGCAAAUCUCUUUAUGAGAGCUGGUAUAAAAAAAAUCCAUCAAAAGAAUAUGAAGAGGUCCCCAGAAUAAAUAAACUGGGUUCUGGUAAUGACUUUGAAGUCUUUUUUCAACGUCUUGGCAUUGCUUCAGGCAGAGCACGUUACAGUAAAAAUUGGAAUGUAGAAAAAUACAGCAGCUAUCCAGUUUACCACAGUGUCUAUGAAACCUAUGAAAUUGUGGAGAAGUUUUAUGAUCCCACUUUCAAGAAUCAUCUGACAGUAGCUCAGGUACGGGGAGGGCUGGUGUUUGAAUUGGCCAACUCCGUUGUGCUUCCUUUCGACUGUAGAGAUUAUGCAUCAUCUGUGAGCAACUAUGCUCAUAUCAUCUAUAAUUUGUCAAGGAAUCAUCAAGAGGAACUGGCAACGUACAAUGUGUCCUUUGAUGCUCUCUUUUCAGCUGUGAAGAAUUUUACAGAAGUUGCUGCUAGCUUUCAUGAGAGACUGCAACAAGUAGAUACCAAUGACCUACUUGCUGUCAGAUCACUAAAUGAUCAGCUCAUGUUUCUAGAAAGGGCUUUCAUUGAUCCUCUUGGAUUACCUGGCAGGCCAUUCUAUAGACAUAUUAUCUUUGCUCCGAGCAGUCACAACAAGUAUGCAGGAGAAUCAUUCCCAGGGAUCUAUGAUGCCAUGUUUGACAUUAAAAACAAAGCUGAUCAACAUGAAGCCUGGGAAGAAGUUAGGAGACAGAUUUCCAUUGCAGCCUUCACUGUGCAGGCAGCAGCAGAAACACUGAAAGAAGUACCAUAAAUAUCAACAACAUAAUCAUCAAUGAAGACUAUGUGUGACAGUUUGCAGAAAAACCGAGUAUUUAAAAACACUAGGAGGAUUAUUACAAAGAAUACAGAAUAAAAAAAAAAUAUCUUAUUCUUUGCAAAUAAUACACUGAAGUGGAAUGCAUUUAGCAAUGUGACAAGGUAAUGUACUUCAUUCGGACAGCUCAGGCUUUAGAUACGAUCUGAAGUGAAAGUAAAAAUGUUUCAGAUUUUCUCUCAGCUUCAUAUUCUAAGAAUUGCUAACCACUGGAUUUAUUUUCAGAGCUGUGAAGCUGUGAAUUUUGCUAGCUUGAUUGUUGUAGCAGUCUUCAUAGUGCAUCAGGAAACCAGAAGUCAUUUCAUGUUUCUGUCAGUUUCUAAUUUUGUUGUUGACGUUUUAUUGUUUACCUUGGAGUUGCAUAAUUAUAUUCCAAAAUAGCCCUUUCAGCUCUCCUUUUACACCGAAAUUCACGUAUGAAGAUGGGAAAAUUGUUACAUACCAUGUGCAGGAUGUAUAAUGAUCAUAACGAGUUUUGGGCAGCCAGCCCAGAAUACUCAUCCAUGAUGUUCUUCUCUUCACGUGCUGAGGCUUGCAGCUGUUUGCAAAUAAAAUUAGGCAAGAAACCUUCUAAUCACUGGAGUAAAACCAAGGCAGUGCAUCUUGUCAGAUGUAUAAUCAUCUCACAAAACACAUCUUUUGAGAUGAAGACCUACUUUUAUUCUUUUAUCCAAAAUCUACCCCUGCUAUGCCUUGUUGAUAUCAAGGUAUUUUUGAUAUGAAGAUAAUUAGAAGCAAAAAAAAUUCAUCAUGUCCUUCGUUUGAAAGGAUACCAAUUAAUUACAACCUUUGUAGAGUCUGUAUUUCUGAUUUUGGUGUGCGGCUUACUCUUAUAACAGACUGCAAUGGAACAACCAAGAUCAGACAGAGAGGACUCAGAAAACCAGAUUCCUUCAUCCGCCACUGCUACUGGAGGAUUACUGACUUCUUGCAAAUAUUUUGUGUAAUUUGAUCUGCCAUUUUAUCUGAGGCCUCCACCAUGUCUUAGAAGGCUGUCCCAUGAUCUGAUGGUUUUCAGCGUCAUGGUAGAUUUUUUUUAUUUUCCAUAAGAUCUCAUGUAUUCAUAAAUAUUUCUACUCUUCACAUUAAAACCCUUUAGGCUUGUAACCAUAAUGAAGUCAUUAUUUUACUUAUCUCUUGUUCUUUCUCUAAAAUAAUCCAGUUUACCAGAUAAUAGGUAAUGCUCUUACACCCACAGUUACUGCCCAGUUAUUUUCACGUUUUUAUGAAAGUGAUUGAAGUAAAACCAUGGAGAUGUCUUCUCCCAAAUCUAGUUGUGCUGAUGGGAGACAUUGCUGUCUCUGUUUUAUCGCUGCUGGCUGCUCCCUGCUUGUUUUGCCAAUGGAGAAUUUAUUAUGAUGGUCUAUAAUCCACCUCUGGCAAAAUUAGCCAGGUUAGUUUAAAUCAUCAGUUAGGUUAACCGAUAUGAUUUUGUCUGCAGAAUCAAAGGAAUGAUAAAUUUACCAUACAGAAGGGGGCAGCAAUAAACAGCUUCUGUUGACCAGGUGGAGACUUAAAAAGAGCUUUUUGCUGUUGCCUAGGAGGAUGAACUGAAGUGCCAAACUCCAAAAUUGUGGAGUUCUUUCCCUAAAUGACCUGUAAGCUUCCUCAGCAACUUCUUCUCUCAGCCCAGAAGAUGUAACUUUUUAAUCUCUGGUUUAACCAUAGCAUUGUUUCAUUUAAAUUUAAUUAGGGCCCUUUUUGGCAACAGCUAGCAGAAAAUAUACAAUGUCAGGGCCCGGGACCUCACAAAAUGCAGAGAUAGUUACACUCUUAAACUACAGCAACAUCCAUUUCAAAAAAAUAUCGGUAGGCUGUCUCCUAACCACUGCAGGUAAAAGGAUAUAGGGACAGAAGUUCUCUCUCUCCUAUUGACUCUGUUCCCCUGCAUACAAAAAAGUCAAGGCUAACUAGUCCAGAGAGAGGAAGCAUCCAUAAAGCUGGUUAUAACAUGAUGGUUUAUGUGACGUUUUGGUAAGGUGAGAUUCAAACUGUCCAGUGCCUUCUCCCAGGUUUGAGUUUGCUUUGUGACCCAUCUUUGUUCAGUGCAAACCACAACAUGUAGCAGUUGAAUUUUUAAAUAAAAUGGAGCUUUGCUUAA